AGUAAAUCUGUGGUGUGGGAGAACGACAGCAAGGACGGGGACAGGUGCAAUCAAACAGACACGAAGACACUGCAUUUGACAUGGACGCAUCAGCCUGACCAGCUCCAGUCCCGUUUUCCAACAGGUCCACCGCACCCGCCAACAUGUCGACGGUAGAAGGAACCGGCCAGGAUGACGAAGGAGAGUAUGGAAGGGCGGCAAAGCGGCUGAAAACGGAGGAGAGGGAGGAAGGGGAAGAUGAGCUGGAGGAGGGGGAGGAUUCGGACUCCGGUUCGCUGCCUGGUAACGCAGAUUCCGUGGUGGAAACCCGGGCCCGGUGGAGCUGCAUCGAAUACGGAGCAGGACGGAGGAAUAAUAGCGAGGACUCACAUCGUAUAUCUCCCAGUCCUGUGGUCCAUGUCAGAGGUCUCUGCGAGGCUGUUGUGGAAGCAGAUCUGAUAGAUGCCCUUGAGAAGUUUGGAGCCAUAUGUUAUGUGAUGAUGAUGCCGUUCAAGCGUCAGGCCCUGGUGGAGUUCUCUGCAGUGGAGAGUGCUGAUCGCUGUGUGUCGUGUGGAGCCAAGGAGCCUGUAUACAUCGCAGGCCAACAAGCAUACUUUAAUUACUCCACAUCCAAGAGAAUCACCAGGCCGACCAAUGCUGACAACCCCAACAGUGGCAACAAGGUCCUCCUGUUGUCCAUACAGAAUCCCCUCUACCCCAUAACCACGGAUGUUCUGUACACUGUGUGUAAUCCUAUUGGCAGUGUGCUUAGGAUCGUUAUCUUUAAACGGAACGGAAUCCAGGCCAUGGUGGAAUAUCCUUUGUUUGAGUCAGUUCAGUGUGCUCAGAAGGCCAAAGCUGCACUGAAUGGAGCUGACAUCUACGCUGGUUGCUGUACACUCAAGAUUGAAUAUGCAAGGCCAACACGUCUGAAUGUGAUUAAGAACGACAAUGAGAGCUGGGACUACACUAAACCGUAUUUGGUCAGACGAGAGCGUGGAAAGGGCAGACAGAGGCAGGCAAUUUUAGGAGAACACCCAUCGUCCUACAGUGAGAAUGGCUAUGGUCCACCCUGCCCCCUGCUACCUCUGCCUGGUAACAGCAGGUAUAAGCUCACAGUGGAUGUUCCAGACAUGGUGUCCUACCCUGUGCCCCAGUCAUCCUCCUCAUACUCUGGCCACGCCCCUAGCUCUGUUGCCAUGGUGAGCGGCCUCCAUCCAUCCAAAAUGAACUGCACCCGCAUCUUCAACCUCUUCUGCCUUUAUGGCAACAUUGAGAAGGUGAAGUUUAUGAAGAGUGUUCCUGGUACAGCAUUGGUUGAGAUGGGAGAUGAGUAUGCAGUUGACAGAGCCAUCACACACCUCAACAGUAUCAAGGUGUUUGGCAAGAGACUCAACGUCUGUGUGUCUAAACAGCAUGCAGUGAUCCCCAGUCAGGUCUUUGAGUUAGAGGAUGGCAGCAGCAGCUAUAAGGACUUUGCCAUGACCAGGAACAAUCGCUUCAGCAGCGCUGGACAGGCAUCUAAAAACAUCAUCCAACCUCCAUCUGCUGUGCUGCACUAUUACAAUGUGCCUCCAUGCAUAUCACAGGACCAUUUACUGAGGCUGUGUACGGAGCAUGAUGUGCCUGUCUUUGUCAAAUUCAAGAUGUUUGAUGCCAAACCCUCCUCCAAGACCAUCUCCGGCUUGUUGGAAUUUGAAAAUAAGACAGAUGCUGUGGAGGUUCUUACUGUUCUCAACCAUUACCAGAUCAGGAUACCCAAUGGGUCCAACCCAUACACCCUGAAACUGUGUUUCUCCACCUCGUCACAUCUAUAAAGAGGUGCAGAGCACAAGAAGAGUAUGCUGAGAGUUGAUGUCUGACCUCUGACCUGAGGAAAGGACCAUGGGACAGACACAUAGAAGAGAGGAUGAGAGAUAAUGAGUGAUAAUAUUCACGAAAGAAGAUAAUGGGGAGAGAGAUAGAGACCAAGAUGAUGAAGUGAAGACUCUCACCAUCUCUAAAUGGAACAUCACUUAAUGUAUCAUCCCACCAUCCAGCCAUAACUCUCAAGCUGACAGACUAGCGAUGCAUAAUAAUGUCUUCAUAUUGUCACGUGGGACAUCUGGAGGACACUGCUCAUAUGUUAGUCCCUUAAGUCUUCACUGCAUGGUAAAAAGUGUCUUGAAGUGUGGACUUAGACAAACAGAGGGUGACUCUAAGGAAUCUACUGUACAUUGUUAGUCACACAUAAGGAUCUAAAAUCAUAACCUGUGCUCAUGGCAGAUAGUGACUCAAAUCAUAUUUUAAUCUUUAAAAACGAUAAAAACAGUGUGUUUCCUUGAAUUGCCAUUGAGUAUAUGUAGUGAAUAUGAAUAUCAUUUUAACACAAGUUCUCAUAUAAGGUUUAUUAGAUGUCACUUCACUGUUUAGUUCAGUCACUUUAGAGUUAGAUAUCUGGCCAGUUGUUGAGUUUGCUGUAGCUGUUUGUGGUCCUCAGAGGAAGUGACCCUCUUAACUGACUUUUCCCAUACCACCAGCGUAAGGUCAGUCAGCAGUAUGGUGUGUGACAAGGUAUUUGGGAAACUAAAGGCAUUCAAUUUCACAUGAAUAUCAAUGUUUUCCACAUGAUUUGCUCCAUCACAAACCUCUGAGCCAUCACAAACCUCUGAGCCCAUUUUGCCUCAUGCAAGAACAUUUUCAUAUUCUUAUCUUAAAUUUCUCUUGCAUUUGUUCAUACAAACAUGGCACAUCAGAUUCAGCAAAGGCUUCUAACUUCAGAAAUGUAAAUGACCUGCAUAAUUAUUGAAGUCCUGUCCAGCAUAACAACAAUCAGGACCUGCAGUGCUGUUAAUGCUGGGUCACCUGUGAGUUGCACUGAAAUAAAGAAAAAAUGGUCUGCUCAGACAUUGACCUCUUUGCAUUUUGGACAAUCCCUUAUUUUUUACAUAAGUGUCGUCAUCCUCAGCCCAAAAUAUUAACAUUCAUUUAGGAUACCAGAUGAUACAUUAGUAUCAUGUUUCCAAAGGGAUGAACAAUUUGGAAUCUAAUACUUAUCAUAUUUACUCCGGUCGCACUGCCAUGACAAAUCCUAUUUUUAGCACCAUUUCUGGGGAGGCUGUAAGAAUAGUUCAGUCUUUCUAAUUAUGUGUAAGGAAAUACAGCUUUCUUCUUUAACAGCAGAGGCACUAUAUUUUAUUGACAGCAAAGGAAGGGAAUGAUGUCAAGACGCAGUUAAUACAACAAGAAGAUGGAGCUAAUCAAAAUUAUGAAUCUGUGUGAAGUAUGCAUGUAAUGCUUGUGCCUGCCUAGGUUUAAUCACACAGUUGCAGGUUAGUUUAAAUGUCAUCUCUGAAUUGCUUGUAGAAUGUUAUUGUUUAUCUAUUUUUUGGGGGCUGUGCCCAGACUCUAGAUGCUCGCUGGCGAGCUCUACUCCCAGGUCUGGCUCCAAGAGAGCUUCCUUCCUUAUUGUAGUGCAUUUCCCCUUGAAACAGCAAACAGGGACUGACAAGUAAUUCAGUAUAAACCAAUGGGACAUAAUCGACUUACCCAGCAAGUACCAUCUUUGAGGGUAUGGCACCACUAAACAAAAGUCAGGUUUGAAUAAUAAGAUAAUAAAUGUAAAUUCACCUGAAAAUAUCGAGAAAUGCAGUGUUGGCCGGUCUGUCAAGGUAGAAUAAGGAGGCCAAACUUACAUCCAAACUUAUAAUAAUAUAAAUUCUACAAUAUUAAAAAGAAAUUUGCUCUAUCAUAUCAACCAGCAUUUUUUUUACUUUGAAUGAAAUGUGUGAGUAAAUGGGCAAUCCAAGAUCAGCAUAUGGAUACAGACUGGGCCCAAGGACCUGAAAGGUCUGAUGGUCCCUGGUUAAGAGCAUCUAUAUGAACUGACUUGUUGUGAUUUGUUGUGAUUUGUAGAGGUCAGUUAAAUGAUACAAAAUGAUGCAAAGCGGCUUUCGGACGAUUGAGGACCUGUUAACCUGUCUGUGCCCACACACCCAUUUUCCCUGUCCAUGUCCUGAGUGAUUUUUUGGAUGGUGCUUGGAUUGGAUGGACACACUUAGCUUCUAUGAGACCAGCUAUUUGGUGAAGUUGAGUACAAAAAGCAUAUUGUUUCACCCAGUAACUCUUCGACUUGCAGAUUUCACUGCACCAAGCCUUUCUUUUAUUUCAUGAAAGUAUGCUCCUAUUCUUAUGUGUUAAAAGUUUUGACAUGAAUGAUGAAUACCACUAAGUCUGCUCUUAAAUAAAUGCCCCUUUAGAUGUUGUGCAACGGUUUCAUUUAAUGGACAAAAAAACUUUAUAUAUCUUCUGUUUGUCUUAA